AUGUCUGUGGCUGGUUCGACAUCAUCUACCGCAAUAGUAGAACCGAGUCCCGAGAUUAGUCAUAACUUGUGGUAUCGCCUGCAUGUUCUCAUCUUCGACCUCAACAAUUUCAGCAACACCUCGUCCAGGAAACGUCUUGAGAGCGUCAUAGACCCUUCUUUUAUUGGCAAACCAUAUUUCACAGACGAAGAAGCCGAAAAAAUAAAAUCUACUGUGAUCAACAGUACGGGAGGAACAUUCUCUCAAGCACUAGAGGAGGGCUUGAAUGAACGGCUUGAACGACGAAACAAGAAGCGUGUUGAGAGUGGCGACUAUCGAGUCUGCGCGGCACAUGACCUAGCUCCUCUGAUGGCACGUGCACUGGGGGUUGAUUUAAAACAGAUGGCCAAAGACAAAGAGUUUGCUGGGCUCAUUGAGAAGAAAGGGCUGAAUUUGCAAGGAGAAAUCUGGGGAGAAGCCGAUUCUCGAUGUCGUUGA